UUCUCACUGUCACUAGUUGUCCGUAAACCGUCCUCUUCUGUCCCGCUGCCUCUCAAGAUUCCUCCUAAACACGUACAGUACCCAAAGGUCUUGUAGCUUGACUUUUUCUGUGUAGUGAGUCUGCCAUGCUCUGCACUGCUCUUACCUCCUCACUUGCGUUCUCGCGAAACGCUUCGCAUUUUCCCCUCCACUCUCGUCCUGAGUCGCUCACAACCCACAGCUUCAGUCUCAUCGAAACCAAAUCUGAGGCGCCUGAACGCCAGUCGCGACCAGCCUCAACCGAAAUCGGCGUCGUUAGACUUCACGCUACAGCCAAUCUCCGGUAUUGUUCUGUCCGUCAGUCACGCUGCGCCGAUGGAACCAAAAGCAGAAUCUCCAGCUGUGUCAGUCGCAGGAAUACGAGCAGCAGAAUCUCAAGCAGCAGUUUCAGCAACACAAUUUCAGACCUUUUUGGUGCCAACGUGCGUAGAGAACUUGGCUGCAGGGGUGUGGGAGGGGGCUCUGGGGUCAGGCUUACAGAUCUGGAAAUCAGGCGGAAGAGAAGGAGAAGCGGUCUCAGUGUACGGAUAAUAAGACCCGUCGAACCCGAUAAUAUGACGUUGACGGACAAAUUGACGGGCUCCGCCGUGAAUGCUGCCGGGUUAACAUCCGCCGGUCGUUCAACAGCUCCUAGUACGUCGACUCAGAGCACGAAAGAAUCGUCUCCUGGCGGUUUGAGACCGCGGAGACGACGAUUAUCAGCAGACGGACGCGCCAGGGGCGUCGUUGGGAGCAGUCGGGAUGGUGACAGUGGAGCCUUUGAAGCGAACUGUGGUGGCAGUAGCAGCAGCGACAGUGACAUACACCCUACCACCACAAUCAUCAGCAGCAGCAGCAGCCGAAUCACCUCCAACGAAGAGCCCAGCUCGUCUGGACACCAGCAGGCGGGGGAACAGGAGACACGAGCACACCAGAGUCCGAGGCGGUUGCGGUCAGCCAGUCGUCUCAAGCCACCUGUCCCCGCGGGCCACCAGCUGCUGGGCCGGUGGCAGGUCGCAUCGAACCCCAACAGCAGGGGCGGCCAAAACGACAUGUUUUGGGGCGCGAGUGGCACUGGUAUCGGUGCACCGAGGGUCAAUGACAGUGCGCCUGGCAGCAGAAGUGUUCAUAGCAGCAAUCAGGUCCUUGGCUCUAGCACAAGCAGCAGCACCAGCAGCAGCACCAGCAGCAGUGAUACCCGCGGCAGCACUAAUGUCAGCAGCAGAAGCCUGUUCUUAUAUCUGCCAUGGCCGGGGGGGCAGGUGAUUAUAGAGGGGGAUGAGGAGGCGGAAGCGGCUGCAGAUGCAGUAGUGGAGGCUGAGAUGGUGGAGAGGAGGAGGAGGAGGCAGCAGACGAAGCGAGUGUAUGGGCCGAGGUCGGAUGAGGAGAGGCGGAGGAUUAGUGAGGGGUUGAGAGAGGUGCAGAGGACGACAGGGCGGUUGUCAAGGAUUGCUAGAGAGAGAUUUGCGGACCCAGAGAGGAAAGCAAGACUGCGAGCUGCCAUGCUGAAGGGCUACUAUGAGAGAGACGCCCCAUCCAAGAUAUCAGCACAGAAAGGAUACUACGAGAAGGAUGCCCCUUCCAAGAUAUCAGCUCAGGUCAAGGAGCACUAUGCCAACCCUGUAAAUAGAGAAAUCAUCAGCCAAGCGUUAACAGGGAUGGCGUUUCAUUGUCGGGCUUGCGGGCAGGCGGGGCAUCGAAAAAACUUCUGCCCGUCUUUGGGUUUUGUAAAGCAGGUCCGCACAAAGAAGGGUUUGAGAAGGCUUGUGCAGUGCUCAAAGUGCGGGGAGCUUGGUCACAAUCGUCGGUCUUGCAAGACUGUGACUGAAGAUUCUCCUGAGAAGAGCCAAGAUGUUGACUCAAUGGCGGGGUUCGGGAAGGAUGACAAAGCAGGGAAUGUGCUGCACAGGCAAAUUCGGUGCUCGGAGUGUGGCAAGGUUGGCCACAACCGAAAAUCUUGCAAAAUUCUGAGUGCCUGGUUAGAAAGAAAUGCAACGGAUUGAACCACUCCUUGGCCAGUAAUGGCAAAUCCGGCGCACUUGUUUGUACCCCUCUAGAACCUUCUGAUUGCACCAUGUUCUGAGUACGUGUAUUUUAAGGCAUGCGGUUGACGGGGAGUGUAACUUUUCGCGUACG